AGCCAAGAGAGAAGAGGAAGAGGGAAGAGAGAGAGAGAGAGAGAGAGAGAGAGAGAGAGAGAGAGGGGACGAGAACGAAACGGGUGACGCGAUGCGACGUCGGCUGUCGUGGUCGUGAUUCCUGCGAUUACGAUCCGCCUCCCCACCGCCCUUCCUCUCUGGCCCCACCCCUUCCCGCCGGUAAGCCUCCGCGCCCCUCAUUUCAACCGAGGAACCAACCCUAGAUCCACCCCCCGCUCGGAUCCGCCGAGGGAGAUCUCCUCGAUCCAAUUCCGCAUGGCCUCCUCCUCCUUCGCCCCCGACGACCAGACCGACGCCAACUUCUUCGACAAGCUCGUCGUCGACGACGACGACGACGACAACCACCUCUCUUCCGCCCCUGUUCCCACCAACGAGGACGCCGCCUUGGCUCGAGCCCUCUCCAGCAUCAGCCUCGCCGACCACGGGCCCGACCCACCCGUUCCGGAGGCGCCGGCACCGCCUCCCGCCACGGAUGCGGCGCCUCCGGAGGGUGGAUCGCCGGGGUCAGGGAAGGGCGGCGGCGUCCACACCGCGGUUAAGCAGGUGCAGUGGGCGUCCUUUGGAGGUGGUGCCGACGAUGGGGUUGAUCCAUUCGCGGAUCUCUCUGGAGGUGCCGGCGACGACGGCUUCUUCGGGACCGUGGCCGGGAACCAGACCCAAGAGACCUCCGUGGGGGUCUCGGAUCACGGCUUCUUCGGUGGGAAUCAGAGCUUGGCCACUGAAGUGACGGAUCGGAAUUUCUUCGGUGGGAGCUCAAAUCAGAAUACCGGUGGUGGUCUGCUGGAGCGCAGCAGCAGUGGUGCUGUGGAUUCCACGGAUCCCAAGUAUUUGGAGACCAUGUACCCUGGGUGGAAAUACGAUGAGGCGACACAGCAAUGGUACCAGGUUGACAGUUUUUAUGCAACUGGGAAUGCUGCCCAGGUGGACAGUAGCAGUCAGAAUGUACAGCAGCAGCAGCAGCAGCAGCAGCUUGAUACUUCAUACCUGCAGAAUUCAGCGCAUGCAGCUCUUGAGACAAUUGCUGAGGAGGGCACGACCACAGGCGGUGCCUCAAGUUGGGGACAGGGGAGCGACUCGGAGUACCCACCCAACGUGCUGUUCUAUGCAGAGUACCCGGGUUGGUACUUCGAUACCAACACCCAGCAGUGGCACUCGCUUGAGUCGUACCAGCAGGCCGCUAUGCAGGCUGGGACAGCUAGUGCGGUUCAGAAUGGUGCAAACCAUGGUGUUGUUGCGGCUUCUGGUGGGAUGGAUUAUAAUGUCAAGCAAACUGAGGAUCUUGCUGUCCACAAUCAGGUGGCCCAACAUAACUCGUUCACAAACAGUUACGCUCAUCAGAGCCAAUGGAAAGCGGAUGCAUUUGGUAACACUAUGCGAUCUGAAAGUAUUAAAGAUGGUAGCCUGACAGGUAGUUUCUAUGGUUUUGAUCAGCAUGCAAAUGCUGAGACUAUCAGUUCCUCUACAAGCCAUCAGGUUGGUUUUAGCACAGUUGAAACUGCUACAGAUCACUAUGGUGGACACAAGGGCUUAGAAUCGUUGAGUCUUCAGAGUGGUUAUAACUCAACUGACCGUCUACAAUCCAGUUACAAGGCGUUUGAACCUUCCACAGGUUAUCAGGCCGGUUACAAAGGGUUUCAACCUGCCACGGGCCACCAGACCAGUCACACUGUGUUGGAACAGUCCACGGGUAACCAGGGAGGUCACAAGGCAUUUGAACCUUCCAUGGGUAACCAGAAUCAUUACAAACCGUUUGAACCUUCCACGGGUCACCAGAGUGGUUACAAGGGGUUUGUGCCUUCCACAGGUCACCAGGCUGGUUACAAGGGAUCCGAAGCUUCCACAGUUCAGCAGGCCAGUUAUAAGGGAUUUGAAACUUCUACAGGCCAUAACACCAGUUUCAAGGGAUUUGAACCUUCUUCAGCUCAACAGGCUGGUUUCAUGGGAUCCCAACCUUCUUCAGGUCACCAGUCUAAUUACAAAGGAUUUGAAACUUCCGCAAAUCAGGGUUAUGGUGAUGUCAAUGGUGUUGUGAAUACACAAAGCUUUGUCCCAAUGGAGAGCAUGUACCACGGCCAGAAACAAGCAAAUGCAAAUCCACAAGGGCACUUGUCAAACAGCUAUUUGGGUACUGAGAACUCCAUGAACUUCAAUCAGCAACAAUUUCUUGGUGCAAAUGCUUCACAGUUGCAAUUCGGUCCCCCUCAUGAAGGGAGGUCAUCGGCUGGACGGCCACCGCAUGCCCUUGUUGCUUUUGGGUUUGGAGGGAAACUUAUAGUUAUGAAAGAAACCAGCUCAAUGACCACAAACUUUAACAGUGGAAGUCAGGAGAAUUCUAGUGCCACAGUGUCAGUUCUUAAUCUAUCAGAAGUUGUUGAUAAAGUUGAUCCGUCAAGCGUCACUAAUAGCAGCGCGCUUAGUUACUUCCACGCUUUAUGCCGUCAACCUGUUCCUGGUCCUCUGGUCGGUGGAAAUGCUGCAUCGAAGGAUGUGAACAAGUGGCUUGAUGAGAUGAUUGCAUGGUAUGAAUCUUCCGCCAGUGAUUUCCAGAAAGGUGAUCCUCGCAAGUUGCUUAUUUCAUUGCUGAAGAUACUGUGUCAGCACUAUGGGAAACUACGCUCACCUUUUGGGUCUGACCCAUCACAAGAGGAGACAGAUGGUCCAGAAAUGGCAGUAACUAAGCUAUUUUCAUCAUGUAAGAGAAGCAGUGUUCAUAUGGGGGGUUAUGGAUCUAUAGUUCACUGCAUGAAAAAUAUUCCCUCGGAAAGUCAGAUGCAGGCUAUUGCACAAGAGGUCCAAAACCUUCUAGUUUCUGGGAGAAGAAAAGAGGCCCUUCAGUGUGCCCAGGGAGGUCAACUUUGGGGACCUGCAAUCAUACUGGCUUUACAACUUGGUGAUAAGUUUUAUGUGGAUACGGUGAAGAAAAUGGCUCGCUCCCAUUUUGUAUCUGGAUCACCUCUGCGAACGCUGUGCCUUCUCAUUGCUGGACAACCUGCAGAUGUCUUUAAUGUAGAGGACAACAUCAACAGCGAUUAUGGUACAGUAGGUGCAUCCCAUCAACCUAUGGAGCCUGGUCCUAAUGGCAUGUUGGAUGAUUGGGAGGAGAAUUUGGCUAUUAUAACUGCAAACAGGACAAAAGGUGAUGAUCUAGUAAUUACCCAUCUUGGUGAUUGCCUUUGGAAAGAGAAAGCUGAGGUUGCAGCUGCUCAUUCAUGCUAUUUAGUUGCUGAACUAAAUAUUGAUUCAUACUCUGAAAGUGCAAGGUUAUGCCUCAUUGGUGCAGACCACUUGAAAUGCCCUCGAACAUUUGUCAGCCCUGAGGCCAUUCAGAGGACAGAAGUUUAUGAAUAUGCGAAGGUGCUUGGUAAUUCUCAGUAUAUCCUGCUACCCUUUCAGCCAUAUAAGCUGAUAUAUGCAUACAUGCUUGCGGAAGUGGGAAGGAUUUCUGAUUCUUUGAGGUAUUGCCAAGCGUCUAUGAAGGUGCUGAAAGCCUCUGGCCGUGCCCCUGAACUGGAGGCAUGGAAACAAUUAUUUUCUUCCCUGGAGGAGAGGAUACGCACUCACCAGCAGGGUGGAUAUGGCACAAAUCUUGCCCCAGCAAAACUAGUUGGAAAGAUUUUCACCUCGCUUGAUAAAUCUAUAUCCCGCAUGAUGGGUACGCCAUCUGCACCACUUCCACCGUUGCCACAGGGCUCCAUUAUUGAUAGAGAGAGCUACUCUGCUCCUGCAGCUGCAAAAUUUGUAAAUAGCCAAUCGGUAAUGGCCAUGUCAUCGUUAAUGCCAUCCGCUUCGAUGCAGUCUAUGAGUGAGAUAGCAGAGAAUAGUGGUGGCACUGGCAGGAAAAUUGCACACAACAGGAGUGUUUCUGAGCCGGACUUUGGCAGAACCCCGAAACAGGGUGCUGGAUCAGAUCGCACACAGAGUAGUGCAUCAGGAUCGGGUAGUUCCCGAUUUGGUUGGUUAGGCUCUACGUUGCAGAAAACAAUGGGAUUUGUGUCGAAAUCCCACCGCCAGGAGGCAAAAUUAGGGGACCAGAACAAGUUUUACUAUGAUGAAAAGCUGAAGCGGUGGGUUGAAGAAGGUGCUGCGAUUCCUACCGAGGAGCCUCCUCUCCCUCCACCUCCAACAAAAUCAUCUUUCCAGAAUGGUAUGCCAGACCAUAAGUUGAAUGGCCCCAUGAGUGCAAGCCAUGCACCCAAUGGAGUUACGGAGUGGAAAUCCUCGAGUUCUUCAGAGCAAGGUUUGGGGAUGCCGCCAAUUCCACCUAGCCAGAACCAGUUUUCUGCUCGUGGACGGAUGGGUGUCCGGUCCAGAUAUGUGGACACAUUCAAUAAGGGUGGUGCAUCAGGAGCAGUGCCAUCAUAUAACAAACCGGCUGCUCCAUCUGUGACACCACCAGUUGGUGCCAAGUUCUUUGUGCCGACUGCAGCAGCUGCUGCUACAGAUCAGAUGCCUCUCCAAGCAGCAGAGAUACACAGUGAGACGGUCCAUCAGGAUGAGCGUUCGGCCUCAUUGCCAGCAGAAACUUCAUACUCUUCACCCCCACCGUCGACACAAUUUUCAGCACCAAUGUCAUCAACAAUUCAUCGGCAUCCGAGUAUGGACAACAUCUCCACACCUUACCAGGGUUCCGGGGUGUCAUCAGAAAGCAACAGCAGCUCAUUUUCAAGAUCACGGGCAGCAUCAUGGAGUGGAACAUAUUCUGAGCAGUUUAGUGCUAUCGCCGGUGUUAGAUCACCUGAUGACCAGACUAUGCCUUUGCCACUCAUGCCUGGCAAACCUUCGCAUAGUCGCUCCAACAGCAACUCAUCUGUGCAGUUCAACGGAUUGACAGAGGAUCUCCAUGAGGUUGAGCUCUGACAGGUGACUGCUCGGCAUGACCGUUGCAAGUCAUGUUUCUUAUCGACACAGCCAUGGCAGCCCCUGAUUGCUCCAGAAAACCCAAGAGGGUGACAGAGAAAGGAGAGAUUCCCUUGUAGCAGAUCAAGGGGAUGCCGCAGCUGGAAUGGACUUGUGCGAUGUUGCAUGAGAUUCUGCAGUCUGCACUAAACCGAGGUGCAUAGGACCUGUACUAGAAUGCCGGGCUUUUGAAUAUUCUGUAGCUAUAUGCUGGUUUAUGGUUGAGAGAGAAGGGAAAGAGUUGGGUGCCCCUUGUUUUUUACAUGUGAGAAGCAGCAUGUGGAUGCGACUGUACAGAAAAUGUGCUCCUACCCAAUUUAUUGAAGCGCAAAGAAACAAAAUCACACCCAACUCCAUUUUGGUUCUUUUUGGUUUUUGGAGAAGGAUAGAAGAGAGAUGUGUUCUAGUGUAAGAAAUGCGUUGGCUACGUAGAGUGUUGUUGUUAUACUUGUGUACUGUUCCCAUACCAUAUGUUAUUACUGUUUAUUCUUUGGAGAUGAAUCAAUUCUUUUCAUCUUGAGCAAA